CCGGAGGGCACCAGGGGCUGCUGGCCAGGGAGGGACAGGGGCAAGGAGGCUCUGGCCAGUCCAGUCCCAGCAGCCGGGGACAGAUGCCGAUCGAGAUUGUGUGCAAAAUCAAAUUUGCAGAGGAGGAUGCGAAACCCAAGGAGAAGGAGGCAGGGGAUGAGCAGAGCCUCCUGGGGGCUGCGCGGGGGGCAGCAGCGCCCCGGGACCUGGCCACCUUUGCCAGCACGAGCACUCUGCACGGGCUGGGCCGGGCCUGUGGCCCAGGCCCCCACGGACUUCGUAGAACCCUGUGGGCACUGGCUCUACUCACCUCGCUGGCUGCCUUCCUGUACCAGGCGGCGGGCCUGGCCCGGGGCUACCUAACCUGGCCUCACCUGGUGGCAAUGGACCCCGCUGCCCCUGCCCCAGUGGCGGGCUUCCCAGCUGUCACCCUCUGCAACAUCAACCGCUUCCGGCAUUCGGCACUUAGCGACGCUGACAUCUUCCACCUGGCCAAUCUGACAGGGCUGCCCCCCAAAGACCGGGAUGGGCACCGUGCCGCUGGCUUGCGCUACCCGGAGCCCGACAUGGUAGACAUCCUCAACCGCACUGGCCACCAGCUGGCCGACAUGCUCAAGAGCUGCAACUUCAGUGGGCAUCACUGCUCCGCCAGCAACUUCUCCGUGGUCUAUACUCGCUAUGGGAAGUGUUACACUUUCAACGCGGACCCACAAAGCUCCCUUCCCAGCCGGGCGGGGGGCAUGGGCAGUGGCCUGGAGAUCAUGCUGGACAUCCAGCAGGAGGAGUACCUGCCCAUCUGGAGAGAGACAAAUGAGACGUCGUUUGAGGCUGGCAUCCGAGUGCAGAUCCACAGCCAGGAGGAGCCACCCUACAUCCACCAGCUGGGCUUCGGCGUGUCCCCAGGCUUCCAGACCUUCGUGUCCUGCCAGGAACAGCGGCUGACCUACCUGCCUCAGCCCUGGGGCAACUGCCGGGCGGAGAGUGGGCUCAGGGAGCCUGAGCUUCAGGGCUACUCAGCCUACAGUGUGUCUGCUUGCCGGCUGCGCUGUGAGAAGGAGGCCGUGCUUCAGCGCUGCCACUGCCGAAUGGUGCACAUGCCAGGCAACGAGACCAUCUGCCCACCAAAUAUCUACAUUGAGUGUGCCGACCACACCCUGGACUCCCUGGGUGGGGGCUCCGAGGGCCCGUGUUUCUGUCCUACUCCUUGCAACCUGACCCGCUACGGGAAAGAGAUCUCCAUGGUCAGGAUCCCCAACAGGGGCUCAGCCCGGUACCUGGCCAGGAAGUACAACCGCAAUGAAACCUACAUACGGGAGAACUUCCUCGUCCUGGAUGUCUUUUUUGAAGCCCUGACCUCCGAGGCCAUGGAGCAGCGAGCAGCCUAUGGCUUGUCAGCCCUGCUGGGAGACCUCGGGGGACAGAUGGGCCUAUUCAUCGGGGCCAGCAUCCUCACACUGUUGGAAAUCCUGGACUACAUCUAUGAGGUGUCCUGGGACCGACUGAAGCGGGUGUGGCGUCGUCCCAAGACCCCCCUGAGGACCUCCACGGGGGGCAUCUCCACCUUGGGACUGCAGGAGCUGAAAGAGCAGAGUCCCUGUCCAGGCCGGGGUCAGGCUGAAGGUGGGGGAGCCGGCAACCUGCUCCCCAACCAUCACCACCCGCACGGCCCCCCAGGAGGCCUCUUUGAAGACUUCGCUUGCUAGGAUGAUGCUGUAUCUGAAAGGACCCAGGAGUCUGGGACUCCUCCCUGGAUCUUCCUGCUCCUGGGACAGAAGGCCCCGGGGGCAGCCCAAGGCUGUGGCGGGGGGAGGGCAGUGGUGCUCACUAGAACAGAGACUCAGUCCCUCUCCUCACCAACCGUGGCACCAGCUGCUUUGCACAAGGGUCCUUCUUGUCCCUACUCCCCUCCUGAGGCUGGUGCCCAGGGAGGCUGGAGAGCAGGCCAUGGGCCCCCAGGGAGGGGAAAGGGGAGAAGAGAGGGAGGUGGAGAAGCCCCAGAAGGGG